AAUAAAAAAUAAAAAUAAAUAAAAAUCUCUGUGAAAUAAUGAGCUCAGCUCAGCCAGUUAAACCCUUCACUCUCAAAUCUCUAUACAAAGCUAAUUAUUUCGGCCACCGAGUUUGAGUCCGAGAUUUCUCCCGAGUUCACUCAGUCCGACUCACUAACAAUUAACAUCCUUGAAGCAAGUAGAUAUGACUCAGAAAAAGAACCCCUUUGUAUUCUUAGAUGUCUCAGUUGAUGGGGAUCCUGUGGAAAGAAUUGUGAUUGAGCUUUUUGCUGAUGUUGUUCCUAAGACAGCAGAGAAUUUUCAGGCACUCUGUACAGGAGAGAAGGGCAUUGGAAAGUCUACUGGGAAACCCUUGCACUUCAAGGGAUCAUAUUUUCAUCGAAUAAUUAAAGGGUUCAUGGCCCAGGGUGGUGAUUUUUCAAAGGGAGAUGGCACUGGUGGAGAAAGUAUAUAUGGAGGAAAAUUUGCUGAUGAGAAUUUUAGGCUGAAGCAUGAUGGAGCUGGUUUUCUCUCAAUGGCAAAUUGUGGUCCAAACACAAAUGGGUCCCAGUUCUUUAUAACCUUCAAGCGCCAACCCCAUCUUGAUGGGAAACAUGUUGUUUUUGGAAAAGUUGUCAAGGGAUUGGACCUUUUGAAGAAAAUUGAGCAGCUGGCAACAACUGGAGGGAAACCUGCUGGACCUGUGAAAAUUGUAGAUUGUGGUAAAACUAGUGAAAGUAAUACUCAGGAUGCAGUUGGGAAAGAGAAAGGGAAAAAGAAAAAACCAGUGAAGGCUCCGUCUUCUACAGAUAGUUCUGAGUCUUCUGAUGAGGAAAUGAGAGGAAGACACAAAAAAUCUUUGAAGGACAGAAGGAAAAAAAGAAAAAGGAGAUACUCUUCAUCUGAUUCCUACAGUUCUGAUACAGAAUCUGAUUCUUUUUCUUCAGAUACUGAUUCAGAUUCAUCACUAUCUGAUUCAAGUUAUUCUAGUGAUGGAAGGCAUAGGAAGAGGAGGUCUGCAAAAAGAGAUAAGCACCAGCGUGGGAGGAAAAGGAAGGAUGGGCGAAGAGUGAGAAAAAGAGGCCGCCGGGACAAACGAUCAAAGCGCAAGUCUAAAUGGAGUUCGGAGAGUUCAACUGAUACGGAUAGCGAGAGUACAAGCAUUAGCAGCAGUUCUGAUGAUGAAAAGACUGUUUCUGCUCGGAAAACCGGUAACUCAAAACAUGUCAAAAAUAGACCACCUAGAAAUCUUGGAAAAGAAUCCUUAACCCCUCUCUCAGUAAAAGAAACAAAUGUAGAGCAACUGAAGGAUCAUGAGAUCAGGACCACUAGGGAAAACUCCUCACAUGAGGAAGGUGAACUAUCUCCAAAGAAUGAUGAAAUUUUAAACAAUGGCCACGGAAAAAAUGCUAGAUCUGAUAAACGUGCUAAUCAGCAGUCCUAUUCAGAUGACUCAAAUAGAUCCAGGAGUCUGACUCCCAAAAGAAUGACCAGAAACAGCAGCAGUCUAAGCCCAAGUCAAAAAAGAAUUCCUAGUAGAAGUCCUGCUAGGAAGUCUGGUGAGCAAAAUCAUGGAAGGUAUUCAAAGGGUCCAUUGGGUAGUCCUGCACGCAAAGCCCCUGAACCUUCUACUUCCAACCAUGACAAAGGUGUGUCGAGAAAUCCUUCUCCAGAUGGUGCUUCAAAGCGCGUCAGAAAAGGGCGUGGCUUCAGUGACAAGUACUCAUUUGCACGUCGAUACCGUACUCCAUCUCCAGAGCGGUCACCUCGCAGUACCUAUCGUUAUGGGGGAAGAAAUUUUUAUGAAAGGAACCGUGAUAGGAAUCCAAGCUACAGAACUUAUAAUGAGCGCUCACGUUACAGAAGUCCACAGGGAGGCAGAAGCCCACCAAGAUACCAUAGUAGAAGAAGUCGAAGUAGGAGCAUUUCUCGCAGUCCAGGUUAUCGUGGCCGUAACAGGGAUCAUAGCCGAAGCCAGAGUCCAACACGCAGUCCGAGUCCAAUAGAUACACGACCACCUAUAAGUGAGAGAUUAAAAUCUCGUCUUGGUCCUCGAAUUGAUGAUCAGCAGUCUCCAGCCAGAGGAAGGUUGAGGUCCAGGUCCAGGAGUCAUGGCUCCUCACUGUCCAGAUCUCCGGAUACUUCACCACAAAAGCGUCGUGACAGAAAGAUCUCUGCAUCUCCUGGCAGGUCUAGAUCAAGCUCAAGCUCCCCAUCUGGACAAAGAGGGUUGGUUUCCUACGGAGAUGCCAGUCCUGAUUCAGGGACAAGAUAACUUGUUGUGGCAUUAAAUCUGAGUAUGGAAUUCUGGUUCUGGGACAAGGUCAUGGAGUAAUUUCAAGGAUCUAAUCUGAGUAAACCUAUCUCCUUGGCUUACGGAAUUGAUUGAAGGGAAUGAGAGAAACUAUUCCUUUUAAUGUAUCCAUUGUUUUUGUUGGUGCUGAAUUGUAAUUGAAAUAUGCAUAAGCUCGCCUGGUCAUAUUUUUGCACCUUAUCAAUUUCAAUAACCUGUCGUUGCAAAACUUGGCUGAAAACUGGAAGAACUCAACUGAUAUGUGAACUUUGUCCAAGUAUGGAUGUUUGUUCAUGCUUUGCAAAGUUUUUGGUUA